GAAGAUGUGAAAUACUGCAAUGAUUUCAAAACAAUCGGGCAAUAAACAGAAUUCGCGCUUGUAAAAUUAACCUUUUAUGGAUACUAAACUCUGAUUGAGAAGCCCCCCAUCUUUCAUUACUAUCUAUUGAUUAUAAUAAAGCAAUUCCAUGCACUUUUAAUAUGAGACAACUGUUACACGGGUCCGUUAGAUCUUGUUGAAUUAUACUGAAAUAAAAAGUUUGAUAGACAUCUGUAGAUUAUUAAUAUAUAACUGCAGCUAUUCUAUACACCGCCCGGGGGUGCUACACCCAUAGAGCUCGGGUUGUGGUUCUGAGGUAGGCGCUGAUGACUUUGUGGGAUCUAGUUGAUAGCCAUCACCGCUCGUUCAACGUUCAACAACAGGUGCGCGUUUUCAAUUCAUUUAUAUAUGGCCGGGUAGCUAUCCCGUUACGAGUCUAACACGAACCGCUUUAUCCUUCUUUUGAACGGUUAACUUUCUUCCUUUUUUUACCCGCUUUCACAAAUUUAGCACUUUUGCUGAGAGAUUUCCCCCCACUUUUUUUUUAAAAAGAGACAUUAACAGCGGAGAUUCGAUUCGUCAAAUUGCUAAUUAUUGCUCGGAUAUCUCGCAUUUGAUCAGUUUUUGGGACCGGGCUAAUUUCCUGUCGAGUGUUAAAAUUAAUUUUAUUGCAGAAGAUUUAAAUUUCCAAUCAAUGUUUUAAUUUUGCACAGAAGUGGAUGGAUGCUAGAGAGAUGUCAGGAUUUUCACCAAACUCUGCCAUUCCCUCGGGGGUGGGGAACGAUGUGGCGGGUAAAGCCGCCCUCUUCCGACCCUAUGCCCUGCCCCCCUCCCCCAGUGUCAGAUACAUGGAUCGCACGAGCCCGCUCCCCCCUGUGGCCCACCGUGUGAUGUGGGCUCCAUACAUCGACUCCGUUAUUGGGAACAGGAGGAGUACGAUAGGCGGAAGUAAACCGAAAGUAGCCACGCCCACCGUGGUGAUGAAAAUAGAGGAGUACAAGAGUGGUAACCCCACGAUCUUUGCGUGGGAGAUCAGAGACAAACUCCUCAAAGAAGGAAUUUGUACACAAAGUAACCUUCCGAGUGUCAGUUCCAUCAAUAGAAUCAUUCGAAACAGGGCGGCAGAUAGAACAGCAAUGGCGUACGCAAGGAUGCUCAACAAUUCCCUCUAUCAGUUUCCACCCCCUGCUCCACCGCUGUGGAGCUCCAUGUUGUCUUUUCCAGACCCCUCGACCAUCUACAGGCCCCAACAUCGUUCCGAGGAACACACGGAGAUGUUCAAAGCUACACAAGAAUUUGAACCUGUGUGUUCCGAAGAAGAGAAAGAAAUAACCUCAAAGGAUGCAAGUACUCCCAAGGAGGAUGAGGAAACAGAAACAUCGACUUCCAAACUCAGGCGGAAUAGAACGACCUUCACCUCCCAACAGCUGGACCUCCUGGAGCAGUCAUUUCAGAAAGCCCACUACCCAGGCGUCCAGACCAGGGAGGAACUGGCCACCAAAACCAACCUGUCUGAGGCCAGAGUCCAGGUGUGGUUCUCAAAUAGGCGAGCUAAAUGGCGGCGAAGCCAAAGGUUCACUUUUCUGCAUCAAACAACCUAUCCUGUGCUGCCCGCAUUCCCAUCCAUUUCACUGGCUGAUGAAGUCGGAUUUUCUAGUUUUCAAACAGAUGCAAGGUUCAUGAACAAACCCUCUGAUAUUUCAUUCAGUGAAGAACAUGAUGUCAUUGGCAGCAAAGAAUCAGCAUUCAGGAGACUGAAAUACCCAGAGGAAAGAAAAUCUGUAUAGUGAUGUGAUCUUUUUGUGCAAUCUCGUUUUUACAUUUUCAUAAAUGUCCAAACAAAGGGCUGGCCAUGUGCAAUAUAUUACAUUAAAUGAUUUGAUUACAUGCAUUUUUUUUCUCUAUUCUUUGACAGACAUAUUUGAUGACAUGAUUCAUUAAUUAAAGUCUUUAUUUAGGUACAUGUAUUAUUAUUUUAUAUACAGAGGUAACAAAUAGUAGUGUAACUUGCACCAUGUUUUAAUGGGCUAGUAUAUGAUGUUCUCUUUGUUCCCUUCUUUCUUUGUUCUGUAUGCUAAAUACCCAGUAGUUAAAUGCAAAUAUAUUCUAAAAUACAGUAUGUUCGUUUGUUCAAAAGGUUGACCAUGAAAUGAAUAGAAUGAAAAACUUGAACAGACAAUAUAAAGUUUUAAUAAUCAACGAAACAACAACAGAGCUAUUUAUUUACAAUAGAUUGUGGUAAAAACUAGUCUUGUUUUUCAAAUAAAGACAUCAAUAUGUGUACUACAAAGAUCAGGGUUGUCUCUAAAAAUUGAAGUAGAAGGGAGAAAUAAAAAAGUAGAAGGGGUUCUGGGGGUCUAGCGUAUAGCUAGAUUGUGUUUGAAAUGCAAUAAUAGCCGGGUAAUUACGUCACUUUAGGCGGGGAGAUUCCCCGCCUCCCGGGUCUUAGAGACAACCCUGAAAGAUGUACUACUGGUAACUUAUGUAAGUUGUACAAAAACCUAGUACAAUGUAUUACACGUUCUACAUAACAUCAUUUGGCAUGUUUGGUCUGUAUUUACAUCUUUACAUCAAAUUAGAAAAAUGGAUUUUUUCAUCUACAUUUGAUAAUUUCGGUCAAAAGACAGUAAAUACUUAUGGCGAGAAAUCAUUUGCUAGCAGUAUAAAUAUCAUCCUUACAAAUCAAAUAUGAAUCUUGAAAAUAUGUUUUUACCAGGUAUUUUUACCAUAUUUUUAAAAAAAGUUUUACCAUAAUAUAUCCACUCACAUCAUAUAAAAUCAAAUUUGCAGGUUGUAAGUUACCAUAAUGAAUUCAAAAGUCAGCCAUAGGACAAUACUCACAAGUUUAACAAUAAAAAUAUCUUAUUACAUGUAUUACUUGAAAAAUUAAAUCAAAAUCAUGAAAAUACA